UAUUAGGCCACACAUCCUGCCAUCAGUGCCGUAUAGUCGCGUCUGAGAUAUACAAGUAACCACUCAUCUCUCCAGAACGUUGCCACGUGUAUAGGUCACCCCGUCAACCGAAGUGUCAUACGCCUCAGAUCGCAUAUCGAUCAUUGUCAUCGCGCAGCCAUCGUCAAACUUUUCAGUCUGCACUGGAUUUUCCAAGACUUUCGAUCUUGCAAGCAUGUCUAUUCAGAAUAAUAUGAGCACCGUUCACAGUAGCAACUGGCAUCCAUUGUUCACUGCUGAGGAUGCAGGCACCAUUACGCUGUCAUCGCACGAUGCCAUCUUGUUCCGCGUUCACCUGUACACAUUGAAGCGCGCAUCAGGAUGGUUCGCUGCAAUGUCUAGCUUGCCCCAAGGUCCUGGCACCGUCUCCGACGAUGUCCUUCACCUGGACGAAGACUCAACAGUGCUCGUGCCCCUUCUACAGAUGAUCUGUGCAAUGGAGCUUUCCGAUUUAAGCUCGCUGGAUCUCGUGGAAUCCAUUCUCUUAGCUGCAGAGAAGUACGACAUGCCGGGACCCGUCUCUAUUAUACGAAACAUGAUCACCAUCUAUCUAACGGAAUCGACCUCAUUGCGCAUUUAUCGGCUUGCAGGUGCACGGUCUUGGAAAGCACAGGCGCAAUUGGCAUCGUCGUACGCGCUUUCCUUCGAUCUAUCUACCCCAACGGCGGUAGCAGAACUCUCCUGCAUGGAAGGGUAUCUCUCAGUGCGACUUUUUCUACUGCAUAGACAGAGGAAAGACGCUCUGAGGAAAGCACUGAACGAUGUUACCCGAUUUCCUGCCAAUACAGGAGAAAACUGCAAAGGUUGCCGAGCAAAACUUGAGCAUGCUCAGUGGAGGUAUUUGAAGGAAUUAUGGUUGUUGCGUGCAGAUGAAGCUCCGUUCGGUCGCACAAUCAGUCCCGCGCAACUCAACGCAUCAGAGGUGUCCUCGGUAAUCGAAGCGACAUGCCCUUUUUGCUGUAGAAGGCUAUACAAUCCAAAUGAAAUGUACGACAACCUUCAGAAUGCAGUGAACAACUUACCCCAGACUAUCAUGUUCGCGUAGCGGCUCAACAGGCCAUUCGCACAGUCUAAGAAUUUGAAGAACGGCUCACGUAACCUGUCGAUGUGCUAUAGCACGUGCGAUUGUAUCAUGCCCACUGCACCACCUCCUAUGACCGUGACAUCGCCAGCCUCGUUGAAGUAUGAACAGACGAAAGAGAUCCCGUGAA